AUGUUGCGAACGCGCAUUAUCGACAACCGGCUUCCGCCGGGCGCGGUAAUCUCCGAGGCGGAGACGGCGCGGCUGUGCGCUGUCAGCCGGACGCCGGUGCGCGCGGCGAUCCAGAACCUGGCCAGCGAGGGACUGGUGCAGGUGCGUCCGCAAGUGGGCACCGUGGUGGCGCCGCUGGACGAAGCGCGGCUCAACGAGGCGGUCUUCGUGCGGGCGGCCAUCGAGUGCGCCGUCGUCCGGCACCUUGCCGAGACCGGCGCCGAUCUGACCGGUCUCGAACCGCUUCUGGCGGCGCAGUUCAGGGCUGCCGAACAUGACGACUACAUGACGUUUUUCCGCCAUGACGAAGCGUUCCACGCAGCGCUUGCCGGGCUGGCGGGCGUCCCCAAUGCGUGGGGGCUGAUCCAGUCGAUGAAGGCGCAUGUUGACCGCCAGCGUCUGGCGCUGAUGUCGUCGAUCAAGGGCCGCUCCAUGGCGGCCUAUCGGCAGCAUCUGGCCGUUCUCGACGCGAUUUCCGCGGGCGAAGCCGAUGCGGCGGAGGCGCGCAUGCGGGCCCAUAUCCAUUCCGUGCUUGAAACCGGCGGGGUGUCGGGCCACGAUCCGGUUCAAGAUGGCGACAGGCGCUUGCGAGUGCCUUGA